AUGGUUAUCAAAGAGACUAACCCCUUUGAUGAAUCUGAUAGUGAUGAUGAGGAUUGCAACUUGAAGAAAAGUGUCGCUUUCAAGAAGAAGCCGUUUACCCCCGUUUCGACGAGUUGUUUGGAACAAGUUUCAGAGCAUUUACAUAGGUGCUCAUUUCAAGUCGAGGAGAAAGAAGACUAUAAAGACUAUAAUAGCUAUGAUGAGUAUGAGAUCUUGGGCAGCGGUAAUGAUGAAGACAUUGAAGCAAACUGUAUGGAUAAAUCCUUGUUUGAAACAAGCCCUCACUCCAUAGGAUUCAAAAUAAUGCGCAAAUUUGGCUUUACAGUUGGUGAUUCUUUAGGAUUGCAUUCAAAUUCAAAUGCACUAAAAGAACCAUUGGGAGUUGAUCAACUAUCCGGCUACCGGCGACGAGGGCUAGGUAUGCACGUGGGCAUGGCUGAUCUUGCCGAUUGGGAUAUUGAAGAGCGGAAAAUGGAAAGGAUCAACUUGGCAAAGAAAAAUGCUAAUUUACUAGAUAUUUCUAAUAAAAUGAAGUUGUGCUUUGAGCUUAGUGGCGAAUUUGAAGAGUUUCUUGAUCACGGAGACUUGAACAAUAUCAAUCCUCUAUGGCGACCUUAUGCCGAGUUCUACAAGUCACUAAAAAAUCCCAGUCAUAGCAAGUCAAAGAAAACAUUUGCAAAUUUUUGUAGAUACACAAGGGCCCGUAAUGACAGCUUGGAUAAGUAUCUAAGAGAUAUCCAUCGUUAUUGUUGGUAUUGUUGUUAUUAUUUGGAGUCGCAAGAUGACCAUUUGCAAGAUUGCCCUUUAAAAACAGAUGAUGAAACCAAAUCUGCGUGUCUGUAA